CUGCCUCGUUCUUCUUCUUCUUUUCUCCUUCCUCGCCUCUUUUUUUCUAAACGCAGCUCUGUUUGUCUUCUUCAACCAAUCCGAGCAAGCUUUCUUCCUCUCACGCGUCUGUCUCUGCUCCGUGCCGUGGUCUCCGUGGGUGUCCGUUCGUGAAACUGUUUACUGAAUAAUUUCAUUGCAAAAGCUUCGUAUUGCUGUGCAAAGAAUACGAAUAUGGUGCGUUCUAAGGCUGCAUCAAAAAAGCAGCAGAAGCGCGGAAUUGAUUUUAAGAAAAUAAAGCGGAAGCUUGGAAGAAAAUUGCCACCCCCAAAAAAUGCUACAGAUACUCAAAUCAAAUCCAGAGCUAUUAUACUUCCUGAACAGAGUGUGGCAGCAGAAAAGACAGGUUUAGCUGUGAGCAAGAAAGGCUUGACGUUGAAAGAACUGCUUCAACAGACAUCCCACCACAAUGCCAAAGUUCGUAAAGAUGCAUUAUGUGGCAUUAGAGAUCUCUUCCAAAAUCAUCCUGCAGAGCUACGAUCACACAGAUAUGCUGUUAUAGAGACACUGCGUGUGCGAAUCAGUGAUGAGGAUGAAAUAGUGAGAGAAACACUUUAUCAACUCCUCAAGUCAGUAGUUUUCCCUGGUUGCAAAGAGGAUAAUCAAGGGCCACUUGUGUCAUUAAUGAUGACAUACAUAUUUACUGCAAUGACACAUUUAGCAAUUGAUAUUCGGUUGAUGGCUUUCAAAUGUUGUGAUCUUCUUGUACAGCACUAUCCAGCUAGCUUUUCAUUAUAUGCUGAAGAGGAAACUGCUGGACAGGAGACUUUACAUGGCUUUGAGCCUGAUGUGCCAAAAGAAAGUGCAGGGUUUUCUCACAUUUCCAAGAAACUAAAGGACCUUGUUGCAGUUUUAGUCAAUUGUUUCAAAGAAUUUAUUCCACUGGUUCAUGCAAUGCCUGUGAUGGAUGCACUAUCAUUUGAUUGCAUGUAUUCCAUACUUCAGAGCAUAGAUCUUGCUGUCAGAUUUUUAGUCUAUGGAAACCAUAAGAACAAAUUAGAAGCAAAGCUUCAUCCUGAAAUACCUGAUGUAACUGCGUGGGAUCAAACUAUUUCAUCUGUUUUGGUUAAGAAGUUACUGGGUGUAUUUCCUCUCUAUUCAGUUCAUCACUUCUCUGAAAAGGAUGAUGACAGGUAUUUCAUUUUGAACGUUGUGAUUACACAAAUAUUUUUGCAAUUCAGUGAAUGGAUCUGUCCCCCUGCUGAUUUAUUGGAGAAAUUUCUGGAAUUUAUUGAAAAUGCUUUUCUUGGAAAGAUUGGCAGUAGCACACGUUCUGGCAAAGCAGUCUGGGAGAAGAAUAUACUUUCACUGCUUCCUUUUAUCCCAAAACUUGUAUCACUGGUGGACAAUGAUUGGAAGUACCGCCUUAUGCAGGCAUUUACUAUGACUUUCAGCAAUUGCAAUCCAGAGUCUAGCCUUAAAUUGGCUUGUGUGUCUGUGAUUGAAAAAAUGCUUAUUCCUGAGGAAAACAUGCUGCACCUAGAUGCAAGUGACCCGGAAGUAUUAGACUAUCAGAUUACUUGGAUAAGGGGACUGCCACCCCUGCUUAUUCUUCUAGGUGAUAAGCAUCCAUCUUCAUCGCUGGUUGUCUUGCACCUUUUACUCCACAUUGGGCAAUACGGUUUAUUGUCUGCUUCCCCUGCUCUUGAAAGUGAGAUACAAUUUACUCUCGGGGACUUCUAUAGCACAUUUCAGGAGGAAGGGACUGCAUGUUAUGGACCUUUCGUCAGGCUUUCCAGGGAUGCUCAGGAAUUAUCUCUUUGUUGCCUUUAUUAUUUCUCCAACAUUGAUUCUUUUCUCCUGAAGUCAAUUGCUUCUUGUUGCCUUUGUCCUGAACUGGAGCCCUUAGUAUUAUUUCGGAUAAUGGAGGUUCUGCACUCUGCCUAUAAAGGUGGACGUAUCCAGAUUGCUGAUCAUAUCAGCUUCUUAAUAACCUUGGUCUCUUGUUUUAAAGUUUCCGCAGGAAAAAUAUAUUCUGAGUCAGAGACUGAGACCAAAAUAUCAAAUCAUGAAGAGUUUAAGGAACUUGUUGGUUUUGUCUGCUCGUAUCUGUCACAGAUGGGUGAUAGUUCUCUUGUGUUUCAUAUGCUAAAGAGAGUAAUACUUGACCAAAUUAUGUUGAAGCUACCUUUGGACAAUACAUGUGCUUUGCUGAGAACGCUUACGAUAUUGGACUCCAAACCAACGAGGCUUUCUGAACAGGAUAUUUUAGCCCUAAGCAAUAUCCUCUUAGGAUAUCUAAUUGAUGUUGUCCUUUCUGUUCCAGAAGAUGAUGAUGCAACUUCAACAUCUAGUCAUAUGGACAGAUGGUGUUAUUACCUCAUACCUUGCUUUUUUCUGUUUGAUCGAAGUCACAACCCUUUUGAAUCUCAUUUUGAGCAUGAUGGGGUCCGAAAUGGUUGAAAGAAUUUCAUCGCUUCUGUCUUGUAACCAAACUCAGUAUUCUGGAGACUGUUUAAAUAAGAUACAUGCAAUGUCUCCAUCAUCCUAUUGAUGCAUAGGAUGCUAAAUCAAAAAUCUUAUGCUCUUUCAAGACAGAGAUUGACCAUAUUUUACAGGCUUUGCUCUCUUUGCAGUCGUCAAAAAUUAUCUGCGUAAGUAUUGAAGAAAGACACAAACUGCAAUGUGCUUCUGACAGACUGAAGAUUGUAGCAAGUACUUUAUUCAGUGAGGACGCAAACAACCGAUAAGAUCUUCAUAUCGGAAGAUAGUUAUUGCUGGUUACCGUGUAAGUGAUCUCUGGGGAAGCACGAGACCAAAAACACACUUCACUUUGUAGCAGACAGCACUACCACAGUUCGCUUCAUCUAGAUUCAGGAGCUAAUGAUAAUUGAUUAUUUACUUAUCAUUUACUCCUGGUAGCAACAUUGUUGAGGAUCCUGGAACAUGGAAGACAGCACCAAACAACUCUCAAGGACAGUAGAUUUGUUGUGAGCUCCUCUGAACGACACUGCAGUAUUAUAGCACAUUCACCCGAGGGUGACCUCAGAGGGUAUGCUCCGUGUGUUAUCAUUUAAUUAUUAUCAAUUUAGCUCGAACGAUUAGGUAGCACAGUUUCUGCGGCAGGUUUUUAGUCGUCAUCUAACUGCUUGGUUUUGAGUCAUGCAGCAGAUGAUCCUCUGCUCUCUCUUUCGUAAUUUUUCCCCUCGGCCCCCUUGGUGGGAGGGAGGAGAGUGGUGGGGGUGAUGAAACAGUGUUCUGUAUAGGUUGAGAGGAAUCUUAUUGUAGUAUAGAGAAACUUUUUAGUGUAACUGUGACAAUUGAUUAUCAAAUAUCCGAUAGCACGAACAAGUCUAA